UCAACGUGAGUGGACAUAAAAACGGAAAGCGGGCGAGUAAACGCGCAUUAAAUUACAAUUAUUUUUUUGUUUUGUGUUUUUGAAAAAUAGUGAGAAAAAAUAUGAAAAUAAGUAAGGCAAUUACGCAAUGUAAGUUAUGGUGAUAAGUGCUUGUUUACGACGGGGUUAUGGUGUUAAAUGAAAAUGCGUACAUAUGUAUGUAUAACGGUGGUUUAGUAACGGGCGUAAAGAAAAUGAGGCGUGUGGUAAAAGCAAUUAAGAGAUGUGAAUAUUUUACAGUGUGAGUGUGCCAGGAGUGUUAAAAUGCCUAAUUGGUUUCCUUAAUAGAUAGAUAUUCACUUGAGAACGGAAAAUAUGGAGCUUGAAAUGAAAAAAUAAGAAAUUAAAUGCAUCAAAACAUUCGGUGCUACAAAAGCGCCGCCAUCCGUUAGCGAUAAAUCGCACAAAUAAUGAAGGCUACCAAGAGAUCGGUGUUUUCUUGGCCCUUUUUCUGAGGAUAUACGAAAAUAGAAAUUUUGUCGCCGUACGCAACUUCGUCUGCAUCGUCAGAGUCAUCGUCACGGCAAUUCGCAUCGUCUGCUUGUUCGUUUUAAUUUUGGCUGUCGCUGUCGUAGUACUCGUUGAUGCUUGCUUUACAUGUACAUACAUAUGUAUGCUAUACGAGUAUUUUCGCGAUGCUACGUGCGGCCCCGUUUCAAAUCGCACGCGACCCCUUUUGCCGCGAGCAGUCCUUCAAAAGCUGAGUACGGGGAAAAAGUAAAAACUAAAUGCAUUUUUGUUGCAAAAAAUGCUCCAGUGUGUUGCAAACAUUUCUACAUGUGCAAUUAAAGUUAAACAAGAAACGUAAUAAAAGCACUGCAGUAGCGUCUUCCAACAACAAUAGCCAGCCUGUGCAGCAAACCAAAGUGCAAUAAGAAGGUGUAAAAAUAGUUGCAAGCACAAGCACAAAUACAAUCAACACUUUUUAGCCCUUUUCAAAGUUCAUGUACGAGUAUGUCCAUAAGUGCGGCACGCGAAAGAAGUAAGCAAAAACAACAACGACGCCGUCGCGUUCAACCGGAAGUUGUUCAUACUUGCGUAUGUAAGCGUGUUUGUGCUACGCGAAGCAGUUCCGAUUCAUGUAUCGCCGCAAGAAUUGUUGUUGCGUAUUGAUUGCAAAGUGAAUGACAGCAGUUCCGUUCAUGUUAGUAAUUUACUUUGCUGUUAAUAAUAUUUGAAAUUUCAAUGGUAAUAAUUCAUAGUGCUAGUGCCAAUAGCAUUGUAAAGCGUCAGUAGAUUGCUUGUAAUUCUCGGAAAUUGGGUAACUUAUAAAUAAAAUUGCUGGCGAUGGGAAUACUAAUUUGUGAUGAGAUGCAUUAAAAAAUUUUUAAUUUCAAUAAGCGUCUCUGCGUGUGGUAAGAAAGCCGCUAGUAACUUAAAAAAUUAAAAUCUUUUAUUGCGCGUAUAAAGUUUUUAACGGAGAAAUAUGAAACAAAAAUAUUGGUUAGUUAUAAAUUGAACAAAAACUGAUUGUGCCUGCUCACAUGUGAUUCAAAAAGAAAAAACGUUUACAAAUUACAAAAAAAAAUUUAACUCAUUUUGUAACAUUAAAAAUUGUAUUCAACAGAAAAAUUAAUUGAACUCGAGUGUGUCGCCUGACGUUUGUUGCCUAAACAAAAAUGAUCGUGAAGAAAACUACAACAGAGUAUAAAUUUGUGAAGUGUAAGAAAAUAUUUAUGCUACUACAGGUGUGAAUAAUUAAGAAAAGUAAGAUAAAAAUAAAAAGGAAAUCACAAUAACACAAAUCGUGAAGUGUGAAGUAGUGAAUUUUGAAAAUCACCAUGUUCAAAUAAAAUUAAGUACGCGAAACACAACUCCCAAUAAAGUGAAGGAAACGAAAGUUUCGAAAAUGUUGCGCUCUAGACGUUCUAAGGAAAAGCCCUCCACUAUGCGUUCUGUGAAAAAACAAAUCGCUAACGAGAGAAUAAAAACUAAAAGACUUCGGUUGCCGCUUUUACUGCGCUAUCUGCAGCUCGUGAGCAUAAACUUUAUAUUCCUCACCGCCACACCCACACAUGCAGCUACAACUGCACGUACACAACUCAUGCACCAACAGCUGCGCAGCCUAUCCCCCGCGCAGCUGCUCAGAGAAUACUCCGAGACCCUAAUGCCGGCCAAUACAAGUCGAGCCGAUUUUAUCGAGUCCAGCAUCGACUCUUGGACAGCGCGCACUCUAGUUGCGGCGAAAAAGUUACAGCGGCUCGAACAGCAGCAGCAGCAACAGGCACUGCGUCAGCAACAUCGCGCACAAAAGCGCAAGAAGCAGCAGGAGGAGCAGCAGCAGCAGCAACAGCAACAGCAACAGCAACAGCAACAGCAACAGCAACAGCACUCGCAGCCAAACAAAUCACACAAGCAUGAAAAAUCGCGUAAACAACGCGAACACCACCAAACACAACAACAACGAAAGCAACAAAGACAAACACAUCAUCAAGCCACACGUCGUAAAACCAAAAGUGGUCUGGCCGUCGAGAGCAACAUAAAUAGUAAUGAAUUUGUUGCGGACAAUAUUGCGCUGGCAGAUGCCACAAAUGCUGCAGCAGUCAAGGCAACAACAUCGGCAUUCGCUGUCAACACAAACAAACGUGGCACGUCGACGCAACAGCAGAAGAAGAAAAAUGGCCGUAACGGCAACGGCAACGGCAACGGUGCGCACGGUGUUGGUGGUGGUGGUGGUGGCGGUGGCAACUACAAUGGCGGUAGUCAUAAUGGACAUGGCAUCAGAGAUGUUGGAGGUGUCGGCGGCGGUCAACGCCAGAAAUUGCACAGAAACGUUCUGCGCAUGCUCAACAGUCAAUCGGAGUCCAUGACCGGCGGCGGCCUUUUCCCGCCACUCUUCAAUGUAGCACCACGCGCACGCAUCACCGUCAAUGCCACCUGUGGUCAGAGUGGGCGUGAAGAAUAUUGCAAAUUAGUCGAUGCAUAUCCGCACAAAAAAUGGGCCACACAGUGCGGCAUUUGCAAUGGGCAAUCAUCCGAUGCAGCCAAACAGCGACCCAUUGAGGCUGUCAUCUCCAAUUCGAAUUUCGACGAACGUUGGUGGCAAUCGCCGACGCUGCAAUACGGCAGACACUAUGAAUAUGUCACCAUAACAUUGGAUUUGCAGCAGAUCUAUCAAGUAUUCUUCGUCAUGCUCAAAUCUGCGAAUUCGCCUCGACCUGCCUCCUGGGUACUGGAAAAAUCACUUGACGGCUUCACUUACGUACCGUGGCAAUAUUUUGGCCUAAGUGAUGCAGACUGUCAGCGACGUUACGGCCUAGCAGGACAAAACGGCAAAUAUGUUUUCGAGAAUGACACCGAAGUCAUUUGCACCACACAAUUCUCCAAAGCGCUGCCACUCGAAAAUGGUGAGUUGCACGUCUCGUUGCUCAAGAAUAGGCCCGGUGCUAUGGAUCAAUCCGAGGAGCUCAUGAACUUCAUAACCGCACGUUACAUACGCAUCCGCUUGCAGGGCAUGCACACGACCGCUAAUCUGGACAACAGCGUAGACUGGCUACUGGACGCACAAUCGCUUGAGAAACGUUCCUUUUACUCACUCAAACAGAUACGCGUAAGUGCGCGUCUUGAUUGCCAUGGCCAUGCAGAUAAAACCGUUGAGUUAGCGGAGAAGCGCGCCGAUGAAAUGGAAUACACACAACUCACAUCAACGCUGCAAUGCAUCUGUCAGCACAAUACCUGCGGCGCGGAUUGCGGUAAGUGCUGUGCGCUUUAUCAGGAUAAGCCCUUUCGCAAUGGCACAACGCGUGAGGCAAACGAGUGUCAGUUGUGUCAGUGCAAUGACCAUGCGGAUACGUGCAUUUACGACGCAUUUCUAGAACGUGGCAUCUGCCAGGAAUGUCAGAACAACACCGCCGGCAAUGAGUGCGAGUUCUGUAUCAGCGGUCACUUUCGCGCGCACACUGAGCCGCUGUCAACACCCUGUCAGCAGUGUGAGUGUGGCGGGCGUGGCGCAACAGGCACCUGUGAUCCAGUAAGCGGCGAGUGUCAUUGCCGUGAGGGCUUUCAAGGCGAGCGCUGUAAUGAAUGCGCCAGCGGCUACUAUGGUGACGAGUGUCACAGAUGCGAAUGCGAUGUGCGCGGCACGAUACCGGAAAGGGAAUGCGCGGGUGUGUGCAAAUGCAAAGCGCAUGUGGCUGGUGAAACCUGCAGCGAAUGCCUGCCCGGCUAUUAUGACCUUAGCGCCGAUCAGCCAGAUGGCUGCGCACCCUGUUGGUGCUCCGGUGUAGGAUUUUCCUGCAGUAGCGCUGUGCUGCAGACACUCGCUUUCGAGACGCUGAACGACUGGAAGGUGACGGAUAUGACGCGCUCACAAUUCGCUAUGCCAACGGUGGAUGCGAACACAAAUUACCUGGUCUACGGCAUGUACGACCUGAACGAGGUGGAAGCCAUUUACUGGCAGGCGCCGCAAGGCUAUCUCGGGAAUCGACUGACCAGUUAUGGUGCACGUCUCACCAUACAAGUCAACUGGGUGACUAUACGUGGCGAUACAUCGGGCAAACCCACAGCAGGACCGGAUGUGAUACUCUUCGGACGCAACGGUUUGAAAAUUGCGCAUGGAGAUGCAACGCACACGCAAGGCUCUUCGGCCACCAUCAACAUUACCCUCGACGAGGCGGGUUGGUAUCACGUGCCGCCCGCUGUGCGCGACAUAAAAACGCGACUGCGACGCACCGAAUAUCAUGGAUCGCCGGUGACGCGCGCGCAACUGCUCUCCGUUUUGGCGGCGAUAGAUGCUUUGUUGGUACGCGGCACCUACCACACAGAUCAGGUGGAGACGGCGCUCGAGCGUGUUAUCAUCUAUUCGGGUGGUUCGGAGUUGGGCGCGGCGAAGGCGAGCACGCGAGUUGAGCAAUGCGUCUGUCCCACGGGUUAUACGGGGCUUUCCUGCGAGAGCUGUGAUUUUGGCUUCAUACGGAUCUGGGAAAAUGCGACCGAUCAUCAGUUGGUGGCCAAGUGCAUACCCUGUCCCUGCAAUGGGCAUUCGAACUCGUGCGAUUUGCAAAGCGGCGGCUGUGGCAACUGUAUGCACAACACCUAUGGCGAGCGUUGCGAGCGCUGCAAAGUCGGCUACUAUGGCAAUCCGCUGCAAGGUAACGAACAUGACUGCAGACGCUGCGCUUGUCCCCUGCUGUCUGAUAGCAACAACUUUUCGCCCAGUUGUCAGCUGAAGACUUACAGCAUCAUGGAUCUGAACCCAAUGUACGGUGUGGUGGAAAAUUCCGAGUACAUUUGCACGCAAUGCCCGCCCGGCUACACUGGUGACCACUGUGAAAUGUGCGACGAUGGCUACUUUGGAAAUCCAACCGAGGUGGGUUCACAGUGCCGGUCAUGCAAUUGUGAUGCCGGGCCAUGCGAUGUAUUCACCGGACAAUGCAUCAUAUGCGACGGCAACACCGAGGGCUGGCGUUGUGAGCGCUGCAAACUUGGCUACUGGGGUGAUCCUUCCGUGGGAUGUGAACCCUGCGAUUGCUAUGCUGAUGGCUCGGAUAGUGAUUUCUGUGAUAGUACGAACGGUCAGUGUUUGUGUAAACCGCGUUUCGCCGGUCAAAAGUGUGACGAAUGUGAUGCGGGUUUCGCGAAUGUCGACUUGAAGUGUUUACCGUGUAAUUGUGAUCCUCUUGGCGCUGAGGACGUGGACUAUUGUGAUCCCGAUAGUGGGCAGUGUCAGUGUAAACCCGGUGUAACAGGUCUCAAAUGCGAUGAAUGUGCUGACGGACAUUUCGGACUGAAAGAGGAAUCAGAAGGAUGUGAGGAGUGCCAGUGCAGCCCGAUCGGCGCCAUUGCUGCCUCAUGUGACAAGCGUACCGGUCAAUGCGCCUGUCUGGCCAAUGUUACCGGCCGGCGUUGCGACAAAUGCAAAUCAGGUCAUUGGAACCUCACGCAAGGCGUCGGCUGCCAUGACUGUCGUUGCGAUCCAGCCGGUUCGCGCAGCCACGAAUGCAAUCCAUGGACGGGGCAAUGUGAUUGCAAGAUCGGUGUAGGCGGCCAACAUUGCAACGAGUGUACGGACGGUUUUUAUGGCUUCUCCACGGACGGCUGUCAGCGUUGUACGCAGUGCGCGGGCGAGGGACAGGUUUGUGAUCCGUUGAAUGGUCGCUGCAUCUGUCCGCCGAACAGUCGUGGGUUGGGUUGUGCGCAAUGUGUGGCCGGUACAUGGGGUUGGCAACCGCGUCUUGGUUGUCGCAAAUGUGCUUGCGAUCGUAUCGGUUCCAUCGGCCAGCUGUGUGAGCCGGCGCACGGACAAUGCCAGUGUCGCGAAGGCUAUGCCGGACGGCAGUGUGACACGUGUGCCAUUGGUUACUUUGGUUAUCCGGAGUGCAGGCGUUGCAAUUGCAAUGUAGAUGGUUCGUUUGUGCACGCAGAUGGCUCGAUUACCUGCGAUGCGAACGGGCAGUGUCCGUGCAAGACACUGGUGGUUGGACUCAAAUGUGACACGUGCAUGAAAUCGACCUUUGGUCUGUCGGCGCUCAACCCGGAAGGUUGUACACGUUGCUUCUGCUUUGGCCGUUCGAGCGAGUGUGAGCAAAGCGAAUGGUCGUGGGGACACAUACGCAUGGCGGAGGCACGCAAUCUGAGCGUGCAGUACAUACAACCACAGUACGUUACGAAUACGGAGUAUGAGUAUAUUGUAGUGGUACAGAUGGCGGGCGCAAAGAGUUAUCGCGAGGAUGCUGAAAUACACCUGCUUAACGAUCUGAAUUUGAUACCGCGUUCUACGGGCAACGUGUCGAUUGGCGCCUACACGAACUUCUAUCAUCCACUCUACUUUCAACUGCCACCGCAAUUCUAUGGCGAUCGCACCAGCAGCUAUGGUGGUUACUUGUACUUUACGCUGUUCAUUGAGGGCGCCAACCGACCGCUGGAGCGCAAGGUGCUCUCACGCUUUCCGUUGGUGCAAAUACAUUCGCACAAGAAGUUGGUGCUCGACUAUUACGAAUAUGAGAAUUAUGAGUAUGCGCUGAAUGUGACCUACAAAGUGCCGCUGCAUGAGUCCGAGUGGAAGUAUCAUCACAACAAUCAGCCAGUGGAUCGCGCUACCUUGAUGGCGGCCCUGCAGAAUGUGAGGCAUAUUUUUGUGCGCGCUUCGGCUUUCGCGGACUUCACGGAAGUAGUUCUCUUCAACGUCCACAUGGACUCAGCAAUUUACGUCUACGGCUCUACGAAUAUGAUAGCUAAAGGCGUAGAACAAUGCAAAUGCACGAAACGUUAUGAUGGACUCUCGUGUCAGGAUCCUGGAAAAGGCUACUACCGUUUUCGCAAUGUCACUGAAAUUGAGACUGUAUUCAUAGAGGAUCUCAUCGGACGUGUUGUGCCAUGCCAUUGUAAUGGACGCAGUAAUGAAUGCGAUCGUGAGACGGGUGUAUGUUUGAAUUGUCGCGAUAAUACAGGCGGUGGUCACUGCGAACAAUGCGCUGAGGGCUAUUAUGGUGAUCCCAACUCCCCAUAUGGCUGUCAGGCGUGCCCCUGCCCAGAGACAAGUCGGAACUUCGCCAAAGGCUGUAACGUUUGGCAAGGCGAGGUUAGUUGCAUUUGCAAACCCGGCUACACCGGCAAGCUGUGUGAUCGCUGCCGUCCUGGCUAUUAUGGCAAUCCACUUGCCUAUCCCAAUAGCACCUGUCAGCCAUGCAAUUGUAAUCUGGAUGGCGCUACUAAUGGUGAUUGCGAUAGUCAGACGGGGCAAUGCCAAUGUCGGCCGGGUGUGGCCGGUCUGAAAUGCGAUAGAUGCAUAGCAGAACGUAAUUAUUUAGAGGAACGCGGUUGUCGAAUUUGCGACAACUGCACACUGCUUCUAUUGGACUACAUCGAGCUGAUUGGCAAUAAACUUCGCCGCGGUUUGCACAAUAUGGAUCUCACUGGCAUACCAGCGCCCUAUCUGAAAGUUGAGGACUACGAGCGCGUCUAUAAUACGCUCCAAAUUCACUACGAAGACUACACAAAUGCGCGUAAGCUGCUCGGCAGCUAUGAUGCCAACGAGUUGCUAAAGAUCGACUCACACGCUGAGAAUAAUAAAUUUCAAUCGCGCAAAGCGCUAGCCACAGCGAGUAAGCGCAGGGAGUCUACUGCCGAACUACGCAACGAAGUCACAACUCUUUAUGUGGAUAUAGGUGCUUUGCGUUCCGAUAUUCUGAAAUAUAUUUUCACGCUCAACAACUAUGGCAAAAGUGAGCAGCACAUGAGCCUGCCGAUGGCUUUGGAUCAAGCACGCUUCUAUUUGGACUCAAUCAGACAGCACGAGGAGACCGUGAAUAGCAUACGCAAUUCCACGCAAUGCGCCUGGCAUUUUUACUAUCACUUUGGUAAUGCUUCGGAUGCGGCAUUCGAUCAGAAAGCUCGCGUUGAGAUGUUUUGGCGCCACUUGAAUCAAACGAAUUUUCGCAUAUCCGAUAUGCGACUGCACGCCGAUCGUACGGUAGAGAUGCAAAGCGAGAUCGAAGACACACUGGAGCAUGUGGUGAAUUUGCGCAAUCAUGUUGCGGAAGAUUAUACUAAAAUCAGGGAAGUUGGCGCUGAGGUAAUGGACUACUUAAAUGAGAGUUUGAUACCACGCACGGACAUUUUCAUUGAAGAAACCUGGGCGCAACAAGAGCAAUUGAGUGGUGUAACCGAUUCGAUUGAUAGGCUCUUCGAACAGUUGAAUAUUUCGUUGGGCGAUAAUGAGGGUAUGCAGCGUGAAGUACGCAAACAUUGGCUGCCAAAAGCGCAGAAGCAUGCAGACAGAUUGAUGGAGCGUUCGAAUGAGUACGCCAGACAAUUUCAGCCGACGAGAAAUGGUGCGAAAAUCGCAUUGUUGGCGAGCUCUGCGCACAAAAAUAUUUCCGAUGCCAUAGACGCUGCACGCCAAGCCUCUUUGGAAGCAAACGAACGCGUUUCGGAAGCGCAACGAAGGCUUUACCCCAACGACGGUAGCUCUAUGAUUGAACGUGCCAGGAUUUCACUUGACAGAUCCAAAAUGCUGCAAAAGGAAGCGCUGGACGAAAUGGAAAGCACGAAUGCCCUUAAGCAAAAGCUCAAAAUACACGAAGACAAAGUAGAAAGCAUAAAGGCAACGAUCUAUGAUGCGGGUACGCGCACCAACAAUGUCUCAGCACAUCUGCACGCCGCUGCCAACAACUCGGCGCGUAAGUUGGCUAUGGAGAGUAUGGAAAUGGCUAAGAACAUUAGCGAAGAAAUGCGUCACGAGCUGCAAAAAGCUAGACGCAUGCAUGAGGAGAUUUUGAAGUUGCGUGCAAAGUUUGCCAUCUUGGAACCGGAUUGGGAAAUAAAGCUAGGCAGAGCUGAGGAGAAUAUAUCGCUCACCAAAACCAAUAUUCGCUUAGCCAACAUUUCGCUCUCUUACGUGGAAGAGCAAUCACAAAAGGAGAAGGCGAAAUUCGAUGAAUGGAAUAAUACAAUGGCCAGCCAGGUGCAGGAAAUACGCGAUAAAAUCGCCAAAGCCCGACACGCAGCCGAGGGCAUCAAAAUUUCCUUGGAAUCACUCAAUCCAAAAUGCAUACGCACUUACCAACCUAACACCUAUGGGCUCACCACCUCGAAUACUAUUAAAAUAUCAUUUGCUUUGCCCAACCGUAAUGGCAACUCGCCACUGUUGCACAUACAGGGCAGUGAUGGCCGCUACAUUGCACUGGAACUCUAUAAGCGGCACGUGCGUUUACUUUGGAAUCUUGGCGGCACCACCACCAUCAUAACACAUCCAUUGGAAGUGCAAACGCGUGAUCCUAAAUAUGAUGACGCCUGGUACCACGUAGAAGCGAAUCGCACGCUUAAUAUCGGCAGCCUUUUGGUGCGUCGCAUGAACAACUAUGGGUCGCUUGUGCCUGGACAAACGGUCACUGGCAACACAGACGCUGCCUACACGCGUUUCUUCCAAACGCACAACGAACGCAUAUAUCUUGGCGGAUAUCCGAGUGAUAUGUCACAGAAGGAGAUGCAACAAAGCGCCGGACUCAAUGUGGUUGUGCACAAUGUGGAGGUAGAUAAUCGGCCGCUGGGUAUAUGGAACUUCAUAACGAGCGAGGGACGUUGUGGUGGUGCAAUUAUCGGCGCGCGAGAAUCAACGUCGAUCUCGAUAGCGCGUCACUUUAAUGGUCUGGGGUACGCUGAGGUGAAAAAGUCGCGGCUGCGAUCGUAUAGAAUGAAUUUGUUCGCGGUACAAAUGACCUUUAAGACGCUGGACGAGAAUGCACUACUAUUUUUGGCGGUUGAUGACAAGAAUAAUCGCUCCGUCUCAGUGACGCUCAGUCGUGGUCGCAUUAUGUUCCGCAUUGACUACGGCGACGAAUCGAAGUUGGAAAUAAAUACCACCAACAAGUACAACACCGGCAAAUGGGUUAAGAUUGAGGCAGCGCGCGAGUUCGUGCCCAAGCGCGGCACCGAAAAUGGCAUAUUGCGCGUGAACAAUGAGCGUGCCAUAACCGGCUCACCAACUGUGCCCAUCAAGAGUCACAUGUUACCCGAUUUGUCCAAACCCGUCUACUAUUUGGGUGGCGUGCCACCAGGCUUCAAAUCGGGCACUUCUAAGGCGCCUGGCGCGGACAAUCCCUUCUUGGGCUGCAUGAAAGACGUGCAAGUCAACAGAGAAACCUACGAUCCGCUCGGCAGCUCCUCACACUUCGGCGUAGAGGCGUCCUGCAAAGAAAUAAUUACGAAAGCCGGCUUCACAGGUCAGGGCUACAUCGAAUUACCCUCACAAUCGCUACGCAAGCGUGCCAAUACUGGUUUUGUCUUCCGCACUCUACAGCCCGAUUGCUUGCUGUUACUCUCUGCCUAUCCGCCGGAAGUUGCUGAAGACUACGACGACAAAGACAUCAAAGGCAACUAUUCGAUUAGUUUAAUCGAUGGCCACCUACAAGUAUGGAUCAAUUCUGGGCGCAGUCUUUUGAAAAUAAUUUCAAAUAACACACUAAACGAUGGUGAAUUCCAUGUGGUGAAUUUGAUAAAAACUGGUCGCAAAUUUGAAUUGAUAGUCGAUGAUGAAUUGCAAGAUACAAAGAUUUUGUCGGGCGCGCCCACAAUUGUCAGCAUGCCGCGUGAUGCUGGUGGCCUGUAUAUUGGUGGUGCACCACCCUAUGAGGAAUUUACGCCAUUGGCGCCGACAUUUAUCAAAUUGGAGGGCGCUAUUCGUGAUGUGGUUUUCAAUAACCACACCGUCAAUUUAAAUCAGGCAGUUGCGUUUUCGAAUGUGCAAAUCGGACGAAAUGGUCCACCUAUGGGCACAGUAAAUGGACUGAUCGAUGUACUGCUAAAGACUGAACCAAUGAUUGGAAAGAGUUUUACCGCAUCGCCAGAGGGUUGUUUGAGGGUCGGCAGCUAUUCGUACGAGCCGAGCGCCUUCAAAUUUGGCGAUAUCUCGCACAGUUACGCCCAACUGCAAGUGCCACAGCGUAAUUUCUGGCAACGUAAUUUCUACAUUUCUUUCGAUUUUCGUUCCUUCUACCCGAACGGUUUGAUUUUCCUAGCACCGGGCUCCAAGGAGAAACACAAGCACUAUGUGGCGCUCCUACUCAAAAAUGGUCAGCUGUUGCUGAUUGUGCGCGGUCGUCGACGUGAAGAAUUAAAAUUGACAGCCAAAUUGGACGAUGGCGAAUGGCAUCAUGUGACGAUUUUGUGUCAGGAACGCAAAGUUACCAUGUCUGUGGAGAUUGGUCAGACAGAUCAGAAGACAUCAGCACAAAUGAAGGUGCCAAAGAAGAUUGCCGCCACGAAUGUGGUCUACGUUGGUGGUUUGCCGGAGAAGGUGCCAAAGCUGCCAUCGGAAUUGUUGCAACGAUUAGAGCCAUUCAAGGGCUGCCUGCGACGCAUGAGCAUCAAUAAUAGUACACAAGAUCUGGCGAGGCCUGGUAAACAUCAGCAUGUUGGACAAUGCUUUCCGAAAGUGGAGAAAGGAUCUUAUUUUCCCGGUGAUGCCUAUGCGAUUUAUAAACGCAAUUUCCAUGUUGGCAAAUACUUGGAAUUCGAGCUGGAUUUUCGCACCUCAGAACUGUUCGGUGUGCUACUGAGCAUCUCAGAGCCGUCAGGUUUUCCAGCGUUAUCGCUCGAGCUCAAUAAUGGCAAUAUCAUCUUCUCAACCGAUCUUGGAGAUGGUAUGCCUUUCCGUGUACAAUCAAAACUGCCCAGCAAGUAUGCAUUAUGCGAUAAUAAAUGGCAUAACAUAUCGGCGCUAUACGAUUACGAACAUAUCACAUUACGCAUCGAUCAGAUGGCGAACACAAAGGCGAGAUCAGCACAGCAACGCAGCAAUAGUAGAGUACAAACUAAGUCAGCGCUGUAUAUAGGCGGUAUACCAGAAAUCGCGCCCACUGGCACGCUGCUGACGCGCGAAAAUUUCAAAGGCUGCAUACGCAAUGUGUCCAUACGACAGGAGAGACGCGAUUGGGUCGAUAUGGAUGAGUUGCAUAAUGUGCUGCUGAGUGAAUGUCUGGUCACAGGAGUGGAGCCAUGAUUACUUAGUGAGGAUGCAACUGUGGAUGUGCCUUAAAGCAUUGUAGAUAUGUACAGUUUUCCUGCCUGUCGUGAUAUAAGAUAAUGUCUACAAAAGCUAACCCACUCUAGACGGUCUUCGAAUUGGUGCAAAAAGGACGCAUAGAGUCAUAAUUGUGUUUAUUUCUUUUGUAAAGAAGUCAUUAUGAGUGUCUCCUAACAGCCAAUUUAAGUUUAUUCGCCUGGCAAGUAGAUAAAAAAUUUAUGAACCGAUUAAAAAUAGUACAAACGAGUUGCAAUCAGUAGCAUCUUAGCCUUGGAGAAUAGAGUUGGAAGCCAUUUGUUAGUUAUUGAACGCGGUCUAAAACUAAUGCAAAAUGAAAAAGUUCUACGCCUGUAGACAAUUCGUUAAACUAUGGAUUGAAUGCUAUACGAGCAUACUAGCUACUAUUUAUUGUGAUUUGUAAUUUACUUUAAUACUGGAAAGCGGUUGUAACGGCAACGGUAGUAAUAAGAAGCGAAUUUCUAGAGUUUAUAUUUUGUUAAUUGUCGAUAAAAUACGAACGACACUGCCAUAAUGCAUUUACGCUUACGAACACGCUAUCUAUUGAAACUUAAAACUUUGUUUAAGAAUGAAAAAUGGCCAAAACAGGAACCUUAACGACAGUGCAUUACAACUGGAAUAUAUGUAUUUGAAGAUUCUAACGUGAGUUCUUAAAUAUAUUUAAACAAGUGAUAAGCGCAAAAUGUCUACAUCGAAUUCGACUUGAUUUACAUACACAUGCACUAGCGUGCUUCUUAAAAUGUCUUAAAAUCUAAAUUUUGUAUGCGACACCUCUACGUAUAAAUUAAAGGCAUCCACGAAAAUUUCUAAAGUUUAUAAUAUUUUUUAGGUGUCGCUGCCAGGGAAUGAAAAUAUUGAAAUUCUACAAUUUGACAUAUUUUGUUGCCAUAGAAAAAAUUUAAGAAUGCGUGUUGAGCUCAGGAACUCCAUAUUAAUUCUACUCAUGGAUGCAUCAUACAAUAUUCAGCUCCAAAGACUAUCAUUUGUUUAAAUUUUUCGAAAGAAAUGCAGCAUUUUUCUAAAUUAGAAAUAACACUGGAUUACAAAUAAUUAUAAUGAAACUUCCGGAGCUCAAAAGGGAUUUUUUUUUUUAAUUUUUUCAAUGGUAACAAAAUAUGUCAAAUUUGUCAAAUUUUAAUGUU